GCUCUAAAAAGCUACAUGCAGAUAAAGUCAUAGAAUAUAUACGAGCUUCCUAUUUCAACCUUUUCGAAGAAUCUCAUCCUUUUUGUUCUGCUUAAUCACUAUAUAUCUUCUUUCUGAGUUCCAUCUAUGGCUUCCCCAAAGAAAUUAUCUUGCUGUAAGACUCUCACCUCUCUGAAAAGAGUGUCCCAAAAAAUAUUCGAUAGAUGGCCUCUGUUAUCUUCUUUCUCUUUUGUUGCCUGUAAGACUCUCACCUCUGUGAAAAAAGUGUCCCAAAAAAUAUUCAAUAGAUGGCCUCUAUUAUCUUCUUUCUCUUUUGUUGCCUUAAUCCUUAUCUUCUUUGCUGAUAGUAUUUUCUCUAGUAAUCUAUCCCACCAAAAUGCAUACACCAUAAACGAGAAUAUUUUUCUCAGAACCCAGAAAGCGAUAGCAAAAAUGCAGUUCUCCAUGCAAGAAAAGGUUGACAAAUUAGCUAUGCUAGAUGGUGAAUAUGAGAUUGAUCCAAUGAUUCCUCCAAAAAACGUCACGAAAGGCAAAAGAAUCAAGUGGUUUCAGCAAAAACUUCCUGAGUUUGAGAUACUCAGUUCGACCAAUUUGUCGAAGCAAUUUCAUGGGCGGGUUUUGGAGUUUCUCAACAACGGCUGCAGCAUCCAAUUCUACAUGGUCUGGCUCUCACCGGCAAGGUUCUUUGGAACCAGAGACUUCUUGUCCAUUGACACUCUGUUCUAUGCACACCCUCAAGGUUGCUUGAUGAUCAUAUCAAGAACCAUGGAUUCAUCACGCGGUUAUAGGAUCCUAAAACCAUUAUUGGAUCGGGGUUUCAAAGUUCUUGCCGUAACUCCAGACUUGCCCUUCCUAGUGAAGAACACCCCAGCUGAAGCUUGGCUUGAAGAGCUGAAAAGCGGCAAGAUAGACCCUGGUUUUAUCCCAUUGUCACAAAACCUCUGCAACCUCAUUAGACUUACAGUUUUGCAUAAAUAUGGAGGUGUUUAUUUGGACACGGACAUGAUAGUUCUGAGAGAUUUCUCAGAGCUGAAGAAUUCAGUCGGAGCACAAACUAUAGAUCCAGUGUCAAAGCGAUGGCUAAGAUUGAAUGGUGCAGUAAUGGUGUUUGAUAUACAUCAUCCAAUUCUGCUUGAUUUCAUAGAGGAAUUUUCAUCAACUUUCGAUGGAAACUCAUGGGGAUUCAAUGGACCUUAUUUGGUUAGUAGGGUUAUGAAGAGAGUUGGAGGGAGACGCGGUUAUAACAUGACGGUGAUGCGGCCGGAGGCGUUUUAUCCGGUGAAUUGGUCUAAGAUUCACAGGCUUUUCAGGAAGCCGGAGAGGACGGCGGAGCGUAGAUGGGUGGAAAGGACUGUGAAUGAGCUAACUGAUGAAGGUGGAAAAACUUAUGCAGUGCACUUAUGGAAUAAGAAAAGCAAAGGGUUUAAGAUUGAAGAGGGGAGUGUCAUGGAAAGACUAAUCUUACAUCAUUGUGUCAUUUGUGAGAACAUAUAGAAAAAAAAAAAUCUCAGUACUGCCGGAGUUUGAUUUCCCUGAACACAAGCGUAUGGCCUCAUAUAUGGGUCCCAAAAGUGCUUGUAUCAAACUCACUGAGUACUUAAAAUUUCCUCGGACGUCAGAAGAUGAAGCACUGUAGAAGCUAGCUGGCUCUGCUUCAAACUUGCACACCCUCAUCUCAAAGAUUCGAUUUUCUUUUUUUUUUCUUGUGUUGUUUUAUUUUUUAAGAAUAAUAUUCGAAUUCAUAUUUCCCCAAUCCUCAUGUAUAACAAUUGCAAUUGUUUAUAGGGAUGCAUACCCUCUAAUUUUUUAAUUUUUAUGUUUCGCAUUUACCUUU